AUGUCGUUGAUUGCAUGGGUCAGCCAUAGCGACUCGCCAGACACAACCAACGCUUCCCAAAUCGUUCGCCGUGUGUGGGGGCUCGUCUCCCGUCGCCAUCCCUCGUCGUGGCGCAACGUUCUGUCGGUGAAUCGGGUGGUGGGGUUGUUUGAAUUGGCUGUCCGAUGUUGUUUUCUUCGCGAAUUCACUGCCAUGACCGUCUUGAGCAACGCCCACAUUGAGCUGCAAACCACUGCCACUGGCAUCCUGACACGAUUCGACAUCAUUCCGCGAUCGGUGUGGGAGUCGUUUGUGGUGGCCCGAAACGGGUUUGUUCCAGACCUCCGGCAGCCGGAGGAAGGAAAAGCAUGGAUUCUGUCGAUCAUGGCGCCAUCGCUGGGGCCCGUAGCCGAAGUGAACGACCUGGUUCAUCAAGUGAGUGGCUUGGACUUGUCGACGCAACAAGCCAAUGCCACGGCCCGAGUGGCCACCACGUGUACGGUGCGGUAUCUUUACCCGAUGCCAACCAACAGGCACCUCCAAGACGCGGCGACGUUGGGGGGGAGUGUGCUCUGUGCGCCCUGUUUUUGCUCUUCAAAGUCGUUCUUGCGCUGGGUCCACCGCAGCCGCAUUGCCUCACCCUCAAUCGAGUGCUGGGCCUCGAGGUCGGCCCACGCUGCCGCGUCCGCGUCCGUCCGGUUCGUGCGAGUCGCCGUUUCCACGUUGUUCAGCAUUCUACCCCUCUUCAGCGUCAGUGCUGUGUGCGGGGCGAUGGUGUUGGAGCCCUUUGCCGUCAACCGCGCCUCGUUUUUGUUUGCGCUGGUCGCGUGGGGAGCCCUCAAGCCGUGUACAUCCCCCACAACUUCUUCUUGUGUGACCAUUCGAGAUGCGUGCUCGAAUGUCGCGAGUCCGUUCAAAUCGUGUGUGGACAACUUUCUGCCGCUCCUACGCUGGCUAGCGACGUACGGCGAUUACGUGGCUCACUACGAAGACCAGACGUCUGGUGACGUGGAGCUGUGGUGGGCCAGUCACUUUGACGAAUAA